AUGAUUUUGCUGGACAUUCAACAAACGUACGCGCAUGUCACAUUCGCGCUCUCAAUCUGCACAAACCUACUGCUCCUCUCGUUUUUGGUGUUUCGACGGAACACCAGUCUCGGCGGCUACAAAUAUCUCAUGUUCUCCUUCUCGUUUUUAGGCCUAUUCUUCUCAAUUGUCGACUUUUUGAACAAACCCGUAAGUUUUCUGGAGAUCAGUAGCGUAUGGUCGUCGCGUGAUUCAGAUGGUGCACAUCUACGGCGGAGCGUAUUUGGUGUUCAGUUUGAACUCUCUGGGUCUUCCUCACUCGUUGGCCAACUGGUUUAAUGCACUGAAUUGUGCUUGCUAUGGAAUGACUAUUUCUCUGCUCGCAGUUCAUUUUAUCUACAGGUACUUGACGGUUUGCAGGUGAGCUCUAGGUAUUGAAAUGCUCUAAAUAUCAUCUUCUUCCAGACCAAACCAGAUGAAUUGGUUUCUGUGGCCGCACGCCUCCAUCUGGAUCCUCUUUUGUUGUGAAAUCUCGUUCGAAUGGUGGAUCACUGCGGUGAUGUUCGCCGGCGAAACACCGGAAAUCGACAAGCUCGUCAAGUACGUGCUCUCCUCACCGAUUUCCCUAGACUAUUAGGCACUUGUCUUUCAGAGACUCUAUGCAGACGAACUAUAAUCUGAUGAAAGGCCAGUUCAUCUAUGCUUCCUCUUUGUAUUAUGUUAGUUUUUCAAUUUCAGAUUGUUUUAUUAUAGCUGUCGUGUUCAGAGAACCGAUGAGAAUGGAGCAAAACGAAUCUCUUGGCCGGACGUGCUUUUCGCAAUAAAUAUUGUCAAGCUGAUUGUGAGUUUGAGAUCAAAUCCUCCUGGGACUACUACAGUUCUUGGAAGUUUGAAUGCUGUUGUAAGGUGGCCCAGCUUCCAGGAACUACAGUACUCUCAGGAGUGGUGGUACAAACGAGUUGUUAACUGGAAAAAUAAAAUGCGAGGUAUGUAGAUGACACCCAAAAUGAUUCACAACAAUAUAAACCCACGAAGACGCAUUGUAGUUCUUCCAAAGUUGUUGCAUUCUUAGACUGCUUUGAAAACUUCUAGCUAUGCUAUGAACCCUUAAAGUUUACCUUUUCUUCAGCUGAAAAAACAUUGUUUUGGUGGCCUAGAAAUUCUCUUUGUUUUCAGAUUCGAGCAUUUUGAGCUCAGCACUACUAAAUCGGACAAUAUUUCAGAGCAUCUGCAUAACAAUCGUGUUCUUCUGCGGCAUUUCGACGUUCCGCAAACUUCGCUCACUGCGUCACACCUCGAAACGGACCACAAACCUCCAGCAGCAACUGUUCAAAGCGCUGGUGGCCCAGACCGUGAUCCCAAUGAUCACAAUGUUUCUGCCGGCCGGCGUCAUGUUGUUUGCGCCGCUUUUCGAGGCCACUCUCGGCUCGUACGAGGGCGUCAUCAUGACCGUAAUCACGACGUAUCCGUGCGUCGACCCCAUCGUCGUCAUCUUUUUCGUCAAAGACUAUCGACACGCGAUCUGGGAGUCGGUGCGCUGCCGACGGUGUCUGUUCAGCCAGGAUGUGCACUCGAUUCGAGGGACCGCCGUCUCGUUUGUCACUGAGCCCAUUUGA